CUCGAAUUACUGUGGAGCUGCUGUGGUGGUGCUGGAGAGAAAAAAAAGUCAAGCAGCAUCGGAGGCAGGCAGAUGACCGGAGCGCCUCAGUCCGCCCUUCCAGAUGCAACAAGCAUGGGGCGCCUCUGAAGCCACGCCGAGCGGAUCACGGUGGCUCGAGGCGUGGACACCUUUUGCGGCCACUUUCACCUCACUUUUAGCGGAUUUACGCCGAGCGACAUGCCGUUCUUCAAGCGGCUGGUGGAGCCCCGGUCCAUGUGCCGCGUCGAGAAGGGCGACGGGGAGGAGGCGGACGCGGGCUCGCCUUUCCACGACCUGCUGUCUGUCAGCCAUGUGGCGCUGGCCCGGACCCUCCGCCAACUGUCCGACCUGGCCAAGCACGCUUGCUCGGUGUUCCACGAGCUGGAGGGCGACCUGGCCGCCACCGGCCACAGGCUCCGCGGGCUGCAGAGGAAGGUCGGACGACUCCAGGAGACUUGCUCCGAGCUGGACCCCAAACAGGAGGCAGUCCCUGUGUCGGACCUGGACGUGGAGAGCAAGCUGACGUGGCACUUCCGGGCUCCCUGGCACAAGCAGAGGAACCUCUUACGCCCGGCCACCCGGCCGCCAUGCCUGCAAGAGAUGCACAAGGAUGCCAACCUCUGGCACCUGCAUGCAGACGGUCGGAGGCGGCGCUCGUCCAGCAGGGAGCGCCGAGUGACCAUCUCUAUCUCGGCCCUACCGCCAAUGCCAAUGUACCCAUCCACACCCGCCGCCGCCAGGAAAGCCAGAAAGGGGGUGCGCUUGACGGCGUACCCCAGCUCCCGUCCGCCUUCCCCCACUGAAUGUUGCCACUUCUCCCCCUGGAACAGAAAGGCCUCCUCUGAGCCCGACUCGGCGUCUUUGGCGUCGCCCGGUCAGCGUUCCAAGCUGCUCCCCGUUCCCAACACACCGAGCACCUUGGACAAGCAGACCAAUUGGUCGCGAGCGCUGCCGCUGCCUACUCCCGAGGAGAGGAUGAAAUGCCACUCGCAGGUGGUCGCCUCCUCUGUCGUCCCCAUCAACGUCACCGGCGUCGGCUUCGACAGAGACGCCAGUGUGCGCUGCUCGCUGGUGCACUCGCAGUCCCUGCUGCAGCGCAGGAAGAAGCUGAGGCGGCGCAGGACGGUGGCCGGCGUCCCCAGGCAGCUGCAGGAUUUUGCGGCAGACUCGGACGACUCACCUGGCUCCCGCGAACGCAGCGUGAUCGUCCACGCCAGCUUGGACAACGAGGAGCUGGCCAGCCACCUGCUCACCAGAGACUCGGGUUGCCAGACCGAGGAGUUCCUGAUCUCGGGGGCGCCUUCCAGCAGGAGAAUCCGUGCCCUGCGUGGCCACCAGGGGACGGCGCUGUGCCUCUCUCAGUCGGCGGGCGACAUCGCCGCUCUUCGGGAGGGCGGCUCCGACGACGUGUUUGUUGCUCAGCUGCGGACGCGCAGUCUCCCCCGAGACGGCGGCCGGGCGAGAACGGACGACGAAGAGGAUGAGGUGGAACUUUCUCCUUUCAACGGCGAGGAGGAGCUGAUCCUGAAGGACGGGGAGGAAAGCGCCGAGGACCGGGACGGGUCGGAGCAGCUGUCGAGGAUGCCCGAGAGGAGUUGGGCGGAGCGGGCGCGCUCGCAGCUGCCCCGCAUGGCCGAGAUGGGCAGCUGCGAUAUGUCGUCCAGCUCAGACACCUUCAGCAGUCCCGUGCACUCGGUGUCGGCAGCCAACGUUUUGGGGGGCCCUGUGGACCACAAGGACGAGCACCAGUCCUCCAGCGGGAACUGGAGCGGCAGUAGCUCCACGUGCCCCUCGCAGACCUCGGAGACCCUUGCCCCGGGGACGUCCCCGCUGGCCCGCUGCGACUCAGAGCUCUCCUUGAACGCCGGCGCCGUGGACCACCCCUGCUUCACGAUGGAUCCCUUCGCCGGGCUGCGGACUCAGAGGGCGGGCUCCUUCUCCUCCACGGCGAUGGACAUCUUAGAGGAAGCGGGCGCUCCCGGGGAGGGCGAAUGGAACUACUCGCACUCGGACCCCGCUCGUCAUCCGCAUGACUUGAGCCCCGAGCCUAGCAGGGAGGCCGAGAGCAGUCUGGGCUGCCCGAGCUUCACCAGCAUGGCCACGUGUGAGAGCAGCUUCUCCGACAAGCCGCCCUCGGAGAAAGCUGACACGGUGUCGCACUACUCGGAGGACACGGAAGGUUACUACACCUCCAUGCACUUUGACUGCGGGCUGAAAGGCAGCAGGAGCUUCACGUACAUCUACUCAGACCACGCGACCCUGGGGCGACGCUGCCUGUCUUUGAGGAAACCAAAAGCUAAACCUUGUCCGCCCAGGCGCAGCUCGUCGCUCCGGACGAUACACGAUGAGGGUGGCGUUGCGGUCCUCACGGAAGCCAAGCUGCCGCUGUCCAAGGAGAAAAACCUGCAGUUGGUCUUGUCCGCCUCAUCAGGUGGAGAGCUUCCCGGUGUCUGGGGGGUGGACGAUUCUUUGGAGCUGGACGAUUUGGGUGUUUUCACCUCCAGGGAUGCGCAUUCCUUCAAAGGAGAGGGCGUGGUCCAGUCAGACUACGCGGACCUGUGGCUCCUGAACGACCUGAAAUCCAGCGACCCAUACCGCUCUUUAUCUAACUCCAGUACAGCCACCGGCACCACGGUGGUGGAGUGCGUCAAGUCGCAGGACGGCGCAGAGUCGCAGGCAUCCCAGUCGGGCUCUGGGGCCACCACGCCCUCGCUCACACCCGCCGAGGGUGAGGUCAAGCUGGCGGGCUUGGCCAGCCCCUCCAGCGGCUACUCUAGCCAGUCAGAGACUCCGACGUCUGCCUUACCCGCCGCUUUCUUCCCCGGCCCGCAGUCUCCUUCCUGCGCAAAGCGGAAACCCAAAGUUCCAGAAAGGAAAUCCUCUCUCGCAUCCAAGCAGGACCUGGACUUGCCCACCAUCUCCUUAAGUGCCUUUCAUUGCGACGAGAGGACGCCAAUGCAAAAUCAUCAUGAAAAGGCCGAGUCGGCCAAAGCUGAGAUAGCGAACGGACCUUUCCUGACCAUCACUCCCGCAGCGCUGCACGCCGUCCAGCUGCGCUCCAUCCCAAAGGAUUUGGACCCAAGUCCUCAUGACGACAACUAUUUCACAGUCAACUCCGACAGCGUCGCUGACCCCCAAGCCUCGUUAGAUGAUCUCCAGGUGGCGGGCUCUUCCAAUGACGAGCUCGUCAAUGGUGAAACCACCGCAGAGUCGUCGCCGCCGCCACCAGAUGAGGAAAUGGAGGAAGACGCAGAAUCUUCCUUGCCGCCGCUUGACCAACAUCUCUGCCCCUCGACGCCAUGUCUGGAUCACACGCCUGACGCCAGUCUGGGAAGUGAAAAAGAAAACCAAGAUGCUGAGUCAGCAUUAGACCAGGGAGAGGAAUCUGCUGCUGAGGAGAACCUGAGCAAAAGCUCGGCAGCAGCGAGUGACAAGUCGUGCGCGGACGACAACGGAAUCUUCCUGUCGCCCGCCAAAAGCCGAACCACCGACGACCUGUUCGCCGUCAUCCACAGGUCGAAAAGGAAAGUGUUAGGCAGGAAGGAUUCCGGCGAGCUGUCUGCAAGGAACGGCCCGUCAUCCUUAAACAACACACCGCCGCCCCCUAGUGGCAGCAGCCCCGCCAGCUCCCCGUGCCCUGCGAGCAGCUCACCCUCGUCGGCGCAUUCGGGGCCUCAGAGGACACCCGGCGCCAUCUACAGGAACGUCAAGAAGUCCAGCACCUCCAACGAGGAGUUCAAACUGCUUCUGCUCAAGAAGGGCAGCCGCUCCGAGUCCAGCUACCGCAUGUCGGCCACCGAGAUCCUCAAGAGUCCUGUGACUCCCAAAGGUCACCCGGCGGGAGAGGACGAGGCGCUGACAGAAACGGCUGAGGCGACGGCCAGGUCUCCAGAUCCCGAGGGCUUCUUCUCGCCCAAAUCCUGGGUGUCACCCCAAUCCAGGUUGGGCCGCGCCAGGGUACCGCCGCCCGCCAACAGCAGCCGCUACGCCGCGCGUGCUCGCUUCUACUCGGCGCCCAUGCAGGCCAUCUCUGAGGGCGAGGCCGAAAACUCAGACGGCAGCCCCCACGACGACGAGCUGGCCACGCCGCGCCUGCGAUUUGCCUGACGACACCCGUCUUCGUCUUCCUUCGCCGCACGUCAUGUCCAAAACACGUCAGCUAUUAAGAACAACAACUUGGAGGUGGGAAAGACUCAUAUUUUCAUGAAAAUAAAUAAAUAAAUAAUAAUAAUUUAUGUAAUUUUACAGAACAUUUGGUUUUCCAGCAAUAUGUUUUCGAGAGAGUUUUACAUAGUUUGAGGGGGAUAGGUCAAAUGUUUACGUUUGUUUCCCCCCCCAAAAAAAAGUCAAACGCAUGAAAAUAUUUCAGAGGGGAGAAAAUAUUUUUAGGACAAAGACAAGACUUGUAUGUUUUUAACUCAAAAUCUUCCAGAUAAAACUUUUGAGAACAAUAGUUGUAUUUUAGAGGGAAAUAAAGUUCAAUAUAUCGGGGGGGGGGGGAAAAGGAAUUUUUUUGCCAAAAUGGAACAUUUUACAGAAAUUAGUCGAAUAUUUUCAUGCAAAACGUCAAAUAGCAAAAAACAUUAUCUAUGUAUUUUUGGAGAAAGGGAUUGACUGUUUUUUUAUACACUAGCAUAGUAUACACUAAAUCCUGAAUAUUUUCUUAGAAAACUAUUUUAAUACCCAUGAAAAUGACUAUAUUUUUUCCCUUUUGAAAAUAUUUGGCAUUUUUCCUGAGAAUUUACAUCUUUUGGGGGUUAAAGUUACAGUACAAAAACAACUUAAUGAACUAAAUAAAUUACAAAUUCCAGUACUUUUUUUCUUACAUAAUCAUUUUUCUUCUUGUGUCUGUAAUUCUUGCCGGCAUGCAGACAUAAAAAAUAUUGAAAAAUUAUAUGUAUUCUGUGAAUACAUCACAAGUCAGACUGCUUGGCGCAAACCACUCAUGAGAUACUUUUAAAUUAAGAUUUUUUGUAACUACCACGGUAAAAGCAAAAAAAUAAAUAAAGUUGACGAUAUGUGCCAUGGUGGAGAGCAGGUAGUUUUACGUGCGGAGAAGAAGAAAAAACGUGGGAGGUGUUGUAAUGAUGUUUAGCGGAUCGACCUUUUUUUUUUUUUUUUCAAGAAAAAAAAAGUGUUUUGUUUGUGGUUUGGUUGACUUGGUGUGUUUUUUAAGAACGUUUGGAAAAGGUUGAGUAAGUAUUACGCAUGUCGGAACCAGGUUGGACACUAAUUUUGUGACGCCCUUCGGUAACCCCCACCCAGGCCCUCCCCAUCCCACACUUAAGCAAUAAAAGCAAAGUCUAUUUUAUCCAGAGCUCUAUUGUUUUAUGAGAUGACACAUUGCAAUAAUAGACACUGACGGAAAUCCUUUUUAUUGUCCUAAAGAAUAAGGAACUUUAUGCCAAUGUUGCCCCUUUGUACAAUCCGCUUGGCCUUAAAACCCUCCACCCACUAACUUGUGUGUAUAUUAAUGACACGUUAUCAUAGCGAAGAUGCUAACAGGGUACACAAAGAAUUUUAUGUCAUUCCAUCUUAUUGUUUUGUUUUAGCACUGAUUAAGUGAUUUUUGUGACCUUUGUUUAUUAGUGUACUUCCUCGCUCGAACUAACGAGUAUUGACGUGGUACCGGAUCAUUUCAGACUACAACGCUAUCUUGUGGACGUAGUUAGAUUUUGUACAAAACUGUAAAUGAGAUGAGCGUUGGGUGAAUCGUGUACAAAAAAAGAAUACAAAACGUGUUUACAUGGACUCUAAAGUGUUGUACAUUUCUGAGCUUUGGGAAAAAAUGUCUUGUAUUUAUUUUGUUAGUAAACGACGUGAUGGAGUUUAAACGUGUAGCCUACAAAAGGAGAAAUAAAUGUGACUGCUUGGAAAAACA